CAGAGCACCAUCUGCCACAAGAAGGAAACUAACCAUCAUCUCAACAUCCUACUGAACCUUUUGGAUACUUUGUAGCGAAAGAAGGAUCUUAUUUUUCGGGAUCCUCUUUGGAAAUGAAGGAAAUAUUUACUCCAGAUUGAGAAGGCGCACUAUUUAUUACUUUUAGCCUACUUUUUUAUUUGUGAAGUAACUAGUUACAGCUUUCAGAUAUUCCUCCUUUUUUUGCUAAAGGUCUGACACCAGCAAAAUGACCGAAAACAAACAUCCGCACGUUAUUUUCUGCAACGACUCGCCUAAAAGAGUUUUGGUGUCGGUCAUUAAGACCACACCGAUCAAACCGAGGAAAGCAGAGGCCAUGACACCGACAAGCCCCGGCUUUAGCGACUUCAUGGUCUACCCGUGGAAAUGGGGGGAAAACGCCCACAACGUGACUCUGAGCCCGGGCUCAGUGAGCGGGGCUUCAUCACCCACAGGGACCCAGACAGCCAGGGAGUCAGACCUGGCACCUUCACCUGACCAGAUCAAGGAUGGAAUCCGCAGAGGACGUCCACGAGCUGACACCGUCCGUGAGCUCAUAAGCGAGGGAGAGACAUCAUCCAGCCGUAUUCGCUGCAACAUCUGCAACCGGGUGUUUCCCAGAGAGAAGUCUCUGCAGGCUCACAAGAGGACACACACUGGAGAGAGGCCCUACUUGUGUGACUACCCAAACUGCGGGAAGGCAUUUGUCCAAAGUGGUCAGCUGAAAACACACCAAAGGCUGCACACUGGAGAGAAACCUUUUGUCUGCUCUGAGAAAGGAUGCGGCAAUCGGUUCACCCAUGCUAACCGUCACUGUCCCAACCAUCCCUUCUCCCGCCUGAAGAGAGAGGAACCAAAGGAAGGCCAGGGGAAGGCUCAGUCUGUGGAUAACAAGGCUGUAGCAGAGUGGCUGGCAAAGUACUGGCAAACACGUGAGCAACGUGCCCCUACAACCACCAAGCUGAAGGCACAGGGCAAAGCAAGAGCAGAGGACCAGGAGCAGCAGGAUCCCAUGGAGUUCCUCCACUCCGAUGAAGAGAACGGGGAAGAGGACGAGCCCAUGGAGGAGGAGAAGGGCAGCCAGGGAGGAGGAGGAGCCGCCAAGCGCCGCCUUCAGGAGCAACGGGAGCGUCUCCAUGGUGCUCUGGCACUCAUUGAGCUGGCCAACAACUUGUCUGCCUGAACACCCACCCUUCUCCCUGAUCUUGGACUCCCCCUCCCCUUCCCCUCAUACCUCCAUUCCCAACCGCCUUCCUGCUUUGUGCUGUAGCUACAAAAUUUCAUAAAUGCAGAUCAGUGACUAGUUUAGUUUAUUCUAUUAAGUUGUGAAACCAGACUUUGAGAAAGAGCUGAAUUGGCCCGAGAUCAGUGUUCAUGCACGCUACCAUCAACUCCCCCUCACAGCAGCAGGAAGGCACAAGCUAAAGCACCUUAUUCAGCUUCCAUUUUAUCCUUUUAGGCUGCUAUUAUUGUAGAUUUGACAACAUGAAGAAUGUCUCUCUUUACUCUUGUCUUCUAAAGGCAAAGAAAGAGUACCUUUUAUGUUUUAAUUUUUGUUUGCACUUUGAUGGUAACGAGUUUUUUAAGUAUAUUAUGAGUGUUUAUGACUGAUGUAUAUAUGGAUUAAGCUCAGAUGGACAGAUUGAUGCAGGGUGUGAUCCUUCAUAGGAAUUUUUAAGUUGCAUUCCAGCUGUUUGAUGCUCAGAGGUUUCAUCUCCAGCAUUGAAAAGUCAACCAACACUGCCACUGGUGACGGCAGCGAUGGUGGGAAUGACUGAGACGGGUUCAGAUAGUUUUAUCCUCACCUAUUCAGCACUUGCCAUUGGGUGUACAUGGGUAAAAGAAAAAUGUUUGGGGAGCUGGAUCAGUUUGGCAUGUAACAUGGUCAGUUUUUAUAUUGUAUGAGAGGUCAUCAUUGCAAGCCUAAUCCAACUGUCUGCCAAGGCCCUUAAAAAAUCAGCACCAGUUUGGGAAUCAAUACUGCCUGUUAUCCAUCAGAGCCCUAUAAAUGAAGAUAUAGUUAUUAUUUUGGUUGCAAACAUGUUUACAAUUGACAGUGAUGUCUGAAUUUAGUCACAGAGAACCCACAUCCAUAAAUUCUUGUCAGUUUGUUUACAUAAUUGGCAUGGUAAGACAGCUUUGUGCUGAAACUAAAAAGUAUUAGAGAGUGAAGCACAUGCUUCAUGUUCUAAUGUGGGCCAUAUUUUAGUUUUUUUAAUUUGCUGAGGGCAAAUCAAAAAGGACCAUGGGCCACAUUGGGCCCCCAGGCCAUAGUUUGGAAACCCCUGCCCUAAAGCAUAGAUGGUCUUUAAGAGUUCUUUUUAAUGUAUUAAUUUAACCAAAAAUGUUAAACUUGGAUAUACCUUGAAAAACUAAACCAUACUGAUACCCAUUUCCACACCAUGUCCACAAAAAUACUUGUCCUGUGCACCCAUGAAUAGAUAAUUUACUGUACUGAAUUACAAGCAAACUCCUGCAUGCUGUCUAAAUUAUACAAACACUUUGGAAAUGUACAACUAAGACAGUGCUACGUCGUUUGCUUAGCUUUCAGUCUUAACAUAUUACUAAAGACCAGCAGUUUUCUAUGUUUUAGUAUGCUUCCAUACUGAUAGUAGAUUAAAUACUUUGCUGGAGCUUACAUCACUUGACCUAACUGCUCUGGAAUUAAUUUUGUCAACAACAUAAAAAAAACAUUCAGGAGUCUGAAAAAAAUACUAAAUUUUAAAUUUGAAACUCCUUGUAGAGUACUUUGAACAUCCCCUUGGUUUGGAUUUAGCACUUACUUUUAGUUUUGGAUUAAGCUUGCAAUUCACUGAAGGUUAAAUUGGUCGUACAGUACGUGUCCAGACAAAUGGCACCUGUAUUUUAAAAACUGUUUUGUGUAGUGCUGAGUGUUUUUCUUUCUUGUAUUUUAAAACAACACUACAUCUUUCAACACUGUAUGAAGCCUCUCAAUACUACCCUGCUUCUGUUUUUAUUAGGAAACCAACCAACAACCUGUCACUGUCACACAAGCUAUGAUUAAACCUGUUUGGUUUAUAAAAUUA